ACCUGCUCACAGCCAAGCAGCGCGCGGACAGAGAGACAGCCGGGAGGAGGCGGGCAGGUACACCGAGGAGCCGGAAGAGCGAGCACGUCGUUUUGUCCUGACAGCACUUUGGUCCAAAAGUCGCUCCAGGUGUUUCCCAGCAAUACGGACGCCUCUUUUUAAUUAGUAUUUUCAGAACUCUGUGUAUUUAUGAGAGAAACGCGGUGCCGGAGGAAACAUGACGGAGCAAAGAAAGAAGCUGGUUCUGAUCGUGGUGGAUGUUCUCUGCGUCUUUGUAGCGGCUCUGCCGUCGGCCAUCCUCACGCUGAUGUUCACUCCUUACCAGAGGGGGAUCGACUGCGAUGACAAGAGCAUCAGCUUCCCCUACCGCAGGGACACCAUCUCCCACGGCAGCAUGGCCGCCGUCACCAUCACGUGCUCCAUCGUCAUCAUCACCACCGGGGAGGCGUACCUGGUGCACACCAACCGCCUGCACUCCAACUCCGACUUCAACCAGUACCUCGCCGCCCUCUACAAGGUGGUGGGCACCUUCCUGUUCGGCGGGGCCGUCAGCCAGUCGCUCACCGACCUGGCCAAGUUCACCAUCGGCCGCCCGCGCCCCAACUUCCUGUCGGUGUGCGCGCCGGUCGCCUGCAACGGGUACAUGCAGCAGAUCAACUGCACCGGGAGCCUGCGCAACGUGACGGAAUCCAGGUUAUCGUUUUACUCCGGCCACUCGUCCUUCGGGAUGUACUGCAUGCUCUUUCUCUCGCUCUACGUCCAGGCCAGGAUGCAGGGGAAGUGGACCAGGCUGGUCCGACCCACCAUCCAGUUCUUCCUGGUGGCGUUCGCCGUCUACGUGGGCUACACGCGCAUCUCUGACCACAAGCACCACCCCACCGACGUGCUGGUGGGCCUGCUGCAGGGGGCGCUCAUCGCCGUGCUCAACGUGCGAUACGUGUCCGACUUCUUCAAGCGGCGGUCCCCGCCUCUCUGCAGGCGGCCAGACGCCGCCGAGACCGAGCAGCUGGAGCACAAGCCGAACCCGCAGCCGUCGGAGCCGCGGCACGGGAACCACCACAACUGCUCCGGGCCCGUAUGAGGAACUGCACGGCCGCGCCCGCCCACAGCUGCUCUUACUAACCAGGACCCACCCACCCCACCCACCCCCACCCAUCACCCCCUCCCCCUCCUCACCACGGCUUUGUUACCAGAGGACAUGUACAGAAAGCAAAAAAACAAAACACUUUUACAGCUCUGAAAUCGUUGAAACCUGUUGUGACAAAAGCUUCACCGUCUGAGUGUGUAAGUGUGUAAGAGAGUGGGGGUUGGGGUGGGAGGUGUGUGUGUGUGUGUGUGUGUGUGUGUGUGUGUGUGUGUGUGUGUGUGUGUGUGUGUGUGUGUGUGUGUAUAUGUAUGUGUAUGGGGGGGGGUUGUGCAACACUGUGCAAUGAUUUUAUAUAGUUAUAUAUUAUUUUAAAUAUUGUUUUUUUGAAGUCAUCUGACAAGUGAAAUGUUUCAGAUUUGUGGGAGAUGAUUCAUGCUGUGAGCUCAAGUGAGAAGUGACUGACUGUAUCUUUUUAAUUCCUUUUUUUUUUUUUUCUGUCCUUGAGAGGAGUGACAAUCCUCCUGGAGGCUGAAUGUUUUCCACUUUGUUACAGCCAGAUAGGACUGUUGCUGUGUUAUCUACACUGGAGCUGGAUCUGAUCCGCCGCUUUGGGCCUCUGCAGGCGUCUUUCGUAGUUUUACCAUCUGCAGAAGACGUGCGAGUGUAAUGAUGGACUGCUCUCACUGCCGUAUAGUAUAUGUACAGGACAAUGUAUAAAGCUAACAUUUUUUUUUUAUCAUCCGUUUAUAACUACUUUUACCUAAUAAAGUGUAUAGCUUUGAAUGUAUUAAUUUGCUGUGACUUUCCAGGGAUUUUGAUCUGAUAUUUCUUUGAUUUAAAAAAACCCCACAAUGAUAGUUUUGGAGACAUGUAUCCCAUCAGUUCAUGUUUUUUCUUUUCUUUUUUUUUUUUUUGAGGGGGAACCAACAUUUCAAGCCUGAAAAAGAAUAAACUCACCUUCGUGAACCUCUUCCUUCCCCCCCCCCAUAACAAUGUGUGUCCCCGAUUGUGAAACUGUACAUAAUGUAAUCACUUCUUUCCCUCAGCUUGUCUGUUUUCCGUAGUUUCUUCAUAAACAUUAGUCUUCACAGUU